AAAUGAGAUCGUCGAGCGACACGACUAUGCUACUAGAAUGUGAAAGUUGAUUUGGUCAACAGGGCUUAUCCAACUCAAUUUUUGUUCUAAUAUUCUUUCAUAUAUAUGUAUAUGUAUAAAGUCUUUAAUUAGACCACAAAAAAUAUAUAGGCCCAGUUAAUCGGUUGGUUUUUCUUUAGGACAAGGACAACUUCAAGCAAUGCAUGUGGGGGCCGGCGGUAGUAGAUGAUCUGGGAUUGGAACAUCUUCCAUCUAUCUAUCUAUCUAUCUAUCUAUCAAUGAACUAAUAAUAAUACGUAAUGCCAAAUAAAAUGUGUUGUCAAAACAAUUCAUUUGUGACAAUAGGCCAUAUUCCUUGAAUGAAGACUUAAAAUUUAAAAUGUCAACUUAGCAUCCAAUAAUUUCUAAGACUUAACUUGUUUUCUUUUUUUAAGCUUCAGCAUUUGUUUUAGUACAUUCAAGGAUGGAUGGAUGGAUGGAUUCAAUUUAUUUCCAGAAAAUCAAAUUUGGCUCUGAAGGGAACAUUAACCAACUUUAUUUUAUUUGUCUUGCUAGAUGAGGGGGAAUGGGCCUAACGUUCCCAUUAGCGUCGCUAUACAUUGUAAGUCGUCUUCUACGGCUCCAUGCAUCAACCGACCAAACUGUAGCGGAUUACCAGUCAUGAAUAUUGCCACCAGCCGGCAUGCCCUUCCUCACCGCAAAUGCGCUCGCCGCCCUUGCCGAAUCCGCCGUGUCGGCCGGCUCCGCCGCCCUCGGCAGAGCGGUCCACGCCCAAAUUUUCAAGACCUUCGAUAGCCCCUUCCCUUCUUUUCUCUCCAACCACCUUGUCAACAUGUACUCCAAACUUGACCUGCCCAAAUCCGCCCAGCUAGUCCUCUUGCUAGCCCCUUCUCGCUGUGUCGUCACCUGGACUGCCUUCAUCUCUGGGUCCGUCCAGAACGGCCACUUCGUCUCUGCUCUCGUUCACUUCUCUCAUAUGCGCCUUGAGGGAGUGCAUCCCAAUGACUUCACCUUCCCUUGCGCCUUCAAGGCAUCCGGCUCGCUCCGAUGGCCCGCGACCGGAAAACAGCUUCAUGGGUUGGCCAUUAAGGAUGGUCAGAUACACGACGUCUUUGUGGGGUGUAGUGCUUUUGAUAUGUAUUGCAAAACGGGUCUUCGAGAGGACGCUGGUAAACUAUUCGAUGAAAUGCCCGAGAGGAACAUUGCUACAUGGAAUGCGUAUAUUUCGAACUCUGUGUUCGACGGCCGGCCUCAGAGUGCCAUAUCUGCAUUUAUUGAGUUUAGGCGCAUUGGUGGGGAGCCCGAUUCAAUUACGUUUUGUGCCUUUCUCAGUGCCUGUUCGGACUGUUCGUACUUGGAACUGGGGCGACAAUUGCAUGGGUUUGUAAUUAGAUAUGGGUACGAGGCAGAUGUCUCAGUUGCAAAUGGGAUGAUUUAUUUUUAUGGGAAAUGCCAACAGGUUAGUUCCUCCGAGUCAAUUUUUAUUGGCAUUGGCAAACCAAAUGAAGUUUCAUGGUGUUCGAUGGUGGCAACCUAUGAGCAAAAUGAUCAGCAGGAGAGGGCUUGUUUGGCGUUCAUACGGGCAAGAGAAGCCGGCAUGGAGCCAACAGAUUUUAUGGUUUCCAGUGCUCUGAGUGCUUGUGCUGGGCUUGCAGGCCUUGAAUUGGGCAGGUCCCUUCAUGCACUAGGCGUAAAGGCCUGCAUCGACAAGAACGUAUUUGUGGGAAGUGCUCUUGUCGACAUGUAUGGCAAGAGCGGAAGUAUAGAGGACUGUGAGACAGCGUUCUAUGAGAUGCCUGAGACGAACCUGGUUACUUGGAAUGCGCUAUUGAAUGGAUAUGCUCAUCAAGGAUACGCCGACAUGGCUUUAGCAUUGUUCCAAGAAAUGACCUGCGGCUUCCAUGUAUUGGUGCCCAACUAUGUGACCCUUGUGAGUGUGCUGUCAGCAUGUAGCAGAGCCGGGGAAGUGAAAUUGGGCAUGGAGAUUUUUGAGUCAAUGAGAAGUAGGUAUGGCAUUGAACCUGGUGUGGAGCAUUAUGCAUGUGUUGUGGAUAUGUUGGGGCGGGCAGGGAAGGUAGAGCUAGCGUUUGAGUUCAUAAAGAGAAUGCCCAUUCUUCCUAGUGUUUCAGUCUGGGGGGCUCUUCUUGGGGCUUGUAGAGUUCACGGGAGGCCAGAGUUGGGAAAGGUUGCAGCUCAAAAUCUAUUUGAACUUGAUCCACACGACUCUGGAAACCACGUCCUGCUUUCCAAUAUGUUUGCAGCUGCUGGCAGGUGGGAAGAAGCUAAUCUGGUGAGAGAGGAGAUGAAGGAUGUGGGAAUCAAGAAGGGGGCAGGAUGCAGCUGGAUCUCCGUGAAGAACAUAAUCCACGUUUUCCAAGCAAAAGAUACCUCCCAUGGACGACACCCAGAGAUUCAGGCGAUGCUGGCCAAGCUGAGGAGGGAGAUGAAGGCAGCGGGAUAUGUAACAGACACCAAAUUCGCUCUCUAUGAUUUGGAAGAGGAAGAGAAAGAGAGUGAAGUUUGGCACCAUAGCGAGAAGAUCGCGCUUGCCUUCGGCCUUGUCGCCCUCCCUCCCGGUGUCCCCAUUAGAAUAACUAAAAAUCUCAGAGUCUGUGUGGAUUGUCACAGCGCCAUUAAGUUCGUCUCCAGGAUUGUUGGCAGAGAGAUCAUUGUCAGAGAUAAUAAUCGCUUUCAUCGUUUUAAAGAUAACCACUGCUCAUGUAGAGAUCAUUGGUGAUUAAUUUUCUUAAUUUGGAAUUUC